AUGGGCUUUGACGCGGCAUCAAUCCAACAAGCGUUGGCUUCUUCGAAUGGCAAUCUCGACCAAGCUACUGACGCUUUGCUAUCGAGACAAGGUAGUCCUUCCAACUCACAGUCAACACCUUCGCGAGCCGAAGAAGAGUCUUUGCAACGAGCAAUACAAGAAAGUUUACGCACGGUUCCGCUAACUCCACACGAACACGCACAGCGUUCCAAACCCACGGUCCCACGCACCGCUGCCGUGUCCAAGGCUGCCCAAGCCGCGGCUCGGCGUGCCGCUACCGCAAGAGAAACAGUAAGUGUCACGCCCCACUCCGCGUCGACGUCUCUGGCGAUUCAUCAUCCGGAGGUAAGGCUGGUACCGAAAUUACAAGACAAGUCGAAAGAAGAACAGAUUCUUCGGUGUGCUGAUCGAAUGAAAGCUUCACCCGCCGCCGUUGACACCCUCCUUCGAACACUCAGUGCGGUACAGAAAGAACCAAGCAACGACAAAUUUCGCAAAAUUGACAAGUCCACUCCAGGCUACCAGCGCAGUGUCGCCAAGACACCAGGGGCAGAAGACCUUUUACGGGCCAUGAACUAUCGGCUCGUACCGAGCAGACCUAAUGAACUCAUCAUUGAUCGCAGUAUGAUCGAUCCCGCACUGUUGUAUCUAGGAAUCUCAGCCUUGGAACAAGUGAAAGGAACACCGGAGUAUCAGCAAGGGAAGGCUCAACUAACUUUCACCAAAGAGCUCGCGACGAUUCGCGCUAGUGCUGAUUGUAGUACCGAAGAAGCUAUUCGACGGUCGACGUACAUGGGACAAUGCCCCAGUGAACCUACCGAAGGGCGGGGUGCACUCGUCCAAAUUGUAUUGGUGGACGAAGUCAUUCGGCGUCGGUUCGACGGUGACGACAUUUUGAAUGACAUCCUCCAUUGGUUAGGGGGGCACGGUUCCGCAAUUCCGGAUAAACUUCUUUCCAGAACGUGGACCUUGGUCGAUCGCAAUGCCAAUCCACCGUCAUCCAUCGAUUGUGUCGCGAACCGAAACAAUACUCUCCAGUACAUUGGGUGUUGGCCGAGUGGUAAACUGGAACUACUACCCAACACAGAAGACUGA